GACAGACAGUUUGUCGUCGUGGAACAGAGCCACCAUGCUACAAAAUAGUUUAUUUUCAUGAUGCUUCACGCAGGAUCAGCUAUGAAGAAGCACAGCUUGCCUGCAGAACUGAUGGUGGACAUCUAGUCAGCAUUGAAACAGAAGCAGAGCAAAGACUGAUUGAAAGAUUCAUUGACAAUCUCUUAGCUUCUGAUGGAGAUUUUUGGAUAGGGCUUAGGAGGAAAAAGGAGGAGGUAGACAAUAGUACAGACUGUCAGAACCUCUACUUCUGGUCAGAUGGCAGUUCAUCCAACUUCCGGAACUGGUAUGUAGAUGAGCCAUCCUGUGGGAGUGAAAUCUGUGUUGUGAUGUACUACCAGCCAUCUGCCCCACCAGGUGUCGGAGGUCCUUACAUGUUUCAAUGGAAUGAUGACAGAUGCAACAUGAAAAAUAACUUCAUUUGCAAAUAUUCUCUUGGUAAUGAGUCAUUCUGUAGCUUUGAAAACCCAACCUGCUCCCAGUCCCUAAGGGGAAGCAUUGCAACAGAGCCCUUAAAGCCAGUAUUCCCAGAAGAACGCCAUAAGAAAGAUACUAAUGUAACAGCUGUGGAAGCCAAAGAACCUGUUCAGAGUCUUGCCUACAUCCUUAUUCCCAGUAUUCCUGUGCUGCUGCUCCUGAUGGCUGUUACAGCUAUCUUUUGGUUUUGGCUUGUCAUGAAGCGGAGACAGGAGCGAAUAGAUGCAAGCCCAAAAGAGGAAGAUGCAUGGCUGUCUAACCACAGCAGGAACAGUCCAAAUCUGGAUAUUUACAAAGUCAUCAAAAAGCAAUCAGAAGCCGAUUUGGCUGGAACCAGGCCUGACACUAAGAAUUCUUCCUUCCGUAAACAGGAAGAUAAGGUGCUUGACAAUUUCCCCAGGGAUUACGAUGGUGCAGCAAUGAAUACAUCGAGUGGUGGUGUGACGUUGGCCAGUAAUGAAAGUGGCUUUGUGACCAAUGAUAUCUAUGAGCUGUGCGGACAUCAUGUGGGGAGAAGCAAGGAAUCGGCCUGGGUAGAGAAUGAGAUUUAUGGAUAUUAA